CGUCAUUAAUCGCUGCUCAAAACAAACAAUUUCUUGAUUACCUUCUAACUGUUGAGCAAAAUGCUUGUCGUACUAAAAAUUCAGGGAUUGAUGAAUGCCAUUACAAUUCUUCGUGUAAUUCUCUCACUUCAUUGCUUACUCGUAAAGAAAAUUUAAUUGCUAUGAAACACGAAAAUAUUGGAUUGCAUCGAAAAUCUGUUCGUGAUCCCAUCGAAGAAUUGUUUGUCUUUUCUACGCUACCAAAACCUCUUACGGAUAUGUUGCUUAUAAUUGUUGAUACUGCAAGAACUAUGCCUUUUUUCGACAAAUUGGAUUUAUCUGACAAGAUUAGUCAAAUUUCAACAAUCACCAUGCCGACUUUAGCACUUUAUUUUGGGUAUUAUUGCAGUAGAAUAUCAUCAGAAACUGUUGUUUCGCCGCAAGGAGUUCCAAUUAAAAGUGUUUUCUGUUCAAAUAUUUAUAAAGAAGACAUGACGAUAAAUAAAUUUCUCAAAAAAUUAUUUGACGAUUCCUUGGUGCCAUUUAAUCGAAUUCAACUAAACAAUGAAGAAUUUGUUCUCCUUCGCGCUAUAAUUUUUUCUCAGUUUGCCCUAGGUGAUUUAAGUCGACAUGGGCAACAAUUAUUACUGAAUGAGGCAGAAAGAUAUUCUGAUAUAUUGAUGAAAAUAUUACAGAAUCACUAUGGACCACUGGCAGGAGCUAAAAGAUAUGCAGAAUUGCUACAUUUAAUUGAAUUUUGCUUCAAUUGUGGAAACGAUCAUUGCCUUUUUCUUAAUUAUACGGCAUAUGUAACCGAUAGGGGUUAUUUCCAUAAAUCGAUGCCUGAAGCACUUCUUAAUCUCUGUCUUGGUUGCAAAACUUGA